AUGCCUCACAAACUCAAUUCCCUCCCUUCGCAAAUGAGUCUCCUAUGUCACGAUCUUGAGAGUGGCGAGGAUGUCAAUGAUAGCAGCGAAGAUGAAGACCCUGGUACGGAAGACGAAGAUGGAGAUGAUGAUACGGAACGCAAAGAUGGGGAGCAAGAUGGUCUUGCUGACGAAUUUGAUGGACAUUCAGACGCACCUGCAGUCAUGGCAAACAACGCUCCCACCAAUGUCAGUCGCAACGCGGUCGGUCACACAAAGACAGGUACUCAGAAGGCUAUCUCAAUCAUGCAUGCAGCGCGGAUGCUGGCGAAGUUCUACAGUUACUCAGUGAUGUUCCUGAUCUCAUCGCUAUCCGAGAUGAUGCAACAAGAGCGAACCUUCAUGAUCAUGAAGAUGUCCACGAUGAUCAUGACGACAGCGAGCACAACUGCGAUCACGAAGACGAUGGCGGACACAGUCCGGAACAUGGUCAUUAGCGACUCCGACCGCUUCAAGCUGCAGUCAAGAGUUCAACGGCCGAAUGCGACCGUGCGUACUGAUUUAUUGGCUACUGUUGCUAACACGUCCUUGACAAUUCCAAAGAAUACCUACAGCACCAAGGUAAGCACUGCUCUUCAUCCGAGUCGUGUGCUUACAUAUGAACUUGAACUUGAAGAUCGCCGGCAUAUCCGUCCUGCUUCCGUGUCCUACCCUUCCGCUGGUGUCAACCAGCAGCUUAUGGUACCAGCGCAGCAAGCUGGCCUCAGUCAUCGGUCACCCCCUCUGUCGCAACCAUCCAAGGCCAAGAGUCGCACGUUGAAUUCUCGCAUGGACACAAACAAGGACCGCACCAUUUUCUUGACGCUCGAACUUUCACUGGUAUAA